AUGGCGUCCGCACGCGCGCAGAGCUCGACGCCCGUGCCAACCACCGAGAAGGCCGACCCGGGUGUUGAUGGCGCUGCCUCGACCGUCACUGAGGCCGAGCACAAGGCCAUGACAGACGUACUAACCAACAUCUACAACUACAGGAACGAUGAUGGCUACGACCCCACCAAGCUCUUCCAGCGCAAGGUUAAUAAGCGUGCGGUGCCCGACUACUACGACAUCAUCAAGGAGCCUAUGGCACUCAGCACCAUCAAGGGCCGUGUCGCAGCGAAGGACUACAAGAGCUUUUCUGAGUUCGUGCGCGACCUUGCCCUCAUUCCACACAACGCCCAAGUCUACAACAGACAAGACUCGCAGGCCUACGUCGACGCCUUAGACCUGAAGAAGGUCGUCUUGUCCGAGUUGAAGCGUUUGGUGACAGAAGGCACCGUCACCGAGACAGUGGCUGCGCUGCCGUAUCUUGGCGAGAUCCCUGAGCAGGACCCUCUCCUGCCUGAGGAAGAGGAGGAGGAAGACGACGAAGACGAUGAGGAGGAGCUUGAAGUCGAUGAAGAGGACGACGACGAAGACGAUGGCGAGGGCAAGCGGAAGAGAAGGCGGGGCCCGCGCUCUACAGCAGCCAUUGCUAAGCGUGAGGGCGGCGCACGAGUGAGGGAAGAGCGAGAGAAGAACGACGACCCCGAGUCGAGGAAGAAGCGCGGGCGCCCACCGCGGGUCGACACGCCCAUGGAAGCGCGCAUCAAGGCCAUCAUGAAGGCGAUCCGUAAACCCAGGAACCAGGCGAACAAGCUCAUGGUCAGCGCAUUCGAGCGCGUGCCGGACAAGGCUGUUAUGCCCGAGUACCACGCCGAGAUUCGCACUCCCAUGGCCAUGGACAUUCUGAAGCGCAAGCUCAAGCGCAAGAAGUACAACUCGGUCGAUCACUUCAUGGUCGACGUCGAGCUCAUGUUCGAGAACGCCAAGCAAUACAACGAGGAAGAAAGCCAGAUCUACAAGGACGCCGUGCACCUCCAGAAGGAGUCGCGCAAGGUGGCCAAGACGGAGAAGGAGAAGCCAGACACCGAUUUCGUCAUGGAGGAAGGCCGCAUCCCCAUGCCCAACGGUAUCCUGCACAACGGCGAGCUCUGGAAGGUUGGCGACUGGGUGCACAUUCAGAACACAAACGACCUCACAAAACCCAUCGUUGCGCAGAUCUACCGGACAUGGCAGGAUUCUGAAGGCGGCAAGUGGGUCAAUGCCUGCUGGUACUACAGGCCUGAGCAGACCGUCCAUCGAUUCGACCGUCACUUCUUCGAGAACGAGGUCGUCAAGACCGGCCAAUACCGCGACCACCGUAUCGACGAGGUCGUGGACCGAUGCUUCGUCAUGUUCAUCACAAGAUACAACAAGGGCCGUCCCCGCGACUUUCCCGCUGACAAGGAGAUCUAUGUUUGCGAAGCACGCUACAACGAGGAGAACCACAAGCUGAACAAGAUCAAGACGUGGGCGAGCUGUCUUCCAGACGAAGUGCGUGACAAGGACUAUGUCAUGGACCUGUUUGAUUCGCAGAAGAAGCUCAAGAAGGUGCCGAGUCCUAUUGCAUACCUGCUCAAGGAUGACCAGAAGGAGACGGACGACUUGCCAAAGCCGGAGUGGGGCGCGGAGAAUGCUCCCCCCAAAAUUGGCGCUGUCCACCGUCGUCCGCGCGAUCCCAAAGACUCACCACCACCAGAACCAACACCGCCUCCCCCGCCAACACCACCCCCAGCGCCCGUGAUGCCGACCCCAAGUCUACCUCGAGCGGACUCCAGUUACGCCGUCGCUCCAUCGUCAUCUUACCCCCUCGCCCAAGCACCAGUGCCUACACCAAUGGCUGCUCCCACACCUCAGCACCAUCACAUGUCUGCCUACACACCCACACAUACCGGGCACUACCACGCCUCCCAGUCGCCCGCACCACACGUCCACCAACAAGCGCCCCAAGCGCCGCCCUACCAACCCAUCACACCGCACGUCCCAUUCACGCCACAGCCCGCAGCGCCGAUGCAGCAGUACCAGACUCCCCGGCCCGCGCCAGGCUACCAACAGCCGUACACCCAACCACCGCCUGGCUACAAGGCCCCACUCCCGGUUGAGGUGUACAUCUUGAACGACCACGCGAAUGCAAGCAUACCGCAGGAUAUCCGUGAGCAGUUCCAAACGGACGAGAAGGGCCGCGUGUUGUUCUUCACAGCGCCGCCUCUUAACGUCUCGCAGCCUCUGACCAAGGACGGGCGAACACUUGGCCACUCUGCCGCCUACCUGGCAGCCCGGGCACGGCGCGAGAAAGCCCGGGCUGAAAAGCGCAGUGCCGAAGCCGCGAGCCUAACAGAGCAGGAGUCCGCAACCAAGAAAGCAAAGCACGAUGAAGAUAACAAGCUGGCGCAAGCCGUCUCGGAUCUCGGCAUCAAGGCCAUCAAGGCGCUCGAGGCCCAGCUCGCUUCUUCCACCAAGACCGAGCUGCAGGCUCUCUUCGACGCCCAGGCAGAGCAGCAGAUUGAGAGGGUUGUCGACGAUUUGCUGGAUCGGCAGGCCCGCGCUCUGGCGACGAAUACGGAGCGCGAGUUGCAUGUCCAGCAGUGGGAGGAGGAUAAGCGGACCAGCGUCACGGGCAUGACGGCGCGUCUGGAGGAGAAGAUCUGA